AUGGGUCGGAGGAAAAUCGAGAUCAGGGCGAUCAAGGAUGACCGCAACCGCUCUGUCACAUUCCUGAAACGCAAAGGCGGUCUUUUCAAAAAGGCGCAUGAACUGUCCGUCCUGUGCUCUGUCGACGUCGCCGUCAUCAUCUUCGGACACAAUAAGAAGCUGUACGAGUUCUCAUCAGGUGACAUCCACGAGACACUACGCCGAUACACAUAUUAUGGACAGCCCCACGAACACAAAGGUCCAGCCGACUUCAAGAACAAGGGCGGCGAUGACGAUGACGAUGAAGAUGAAGAAGAGCCUGACCAGCAGGUCAAGGAAGAUUCCCUGCCGCCGCAGCACCCUGGCAUGAUGCCACCGCAUCUGCAGCACCACAAUUCUUUCCAGCACAUAAGACCUCCACACCAGGCGUCUGCUUCCCCACCUAUGCAGAAUGGCAUGUUUCCGCGACACAGUACACCUCAACCACAGAUGGAGUCGAGACCGGGUUCGAGAAACACUAUCCGACGGACAUCGUCGAACUUGGUGCCUAUGCAGCACCCGCACCCUACGCCGCCCCCACCACAGAACGGUUUCGCCUAUGUGCCAAAUCCGCCCAUAUACAACCCUCAGAUGCAGCCGCAUCCUUCACCGCAGCCUCAGUACCAACAGUACCCGCAACAUCCUCAACCACCAGCCCAGUACCUACAUCCUCAGCAGCAACCGCAACCACAACAGCAUCCUCCUCCACAGAGGCCAUCAUCGGCGCCUCGACAUGGUAGUCUAGGCCCUCCCCAGCAGCCACCACCACAGCGACAGUCACCACAGCCCGAGUUCAAGCCACCACAGAACACGCCACCUCAGAUCAAACACCUCUCUUCCAAAUCCCGCUCUAUUUUUACGCCGAUCGACGAAGGCGGAUCCGUACUGGCUCAACAUUUUUUCGGCGCCCCUGACCCACCUCGGCCGGGACCAUCAUCACACCUCAAACGUGAGACUUCACCUAAUCCUAGAAACGAGCUUGCACCUCCUCCCCGCUCCAUUACAGCACAACCCAGACUCGCACAGCCUGUUCCGCAGCCGCCCCGCCCCUCCUCUGUCAGUAACGACUUCCCACCACCGCAACGCAGCAACACCUCGGGUUCCCGCUCCGGCGCCUCUCGCCCAAAGCUGAACUUGACGAUCCCCUCAGAAGCUUCUGACAAUGAGGCAUCUGGUGGCGCGGACGCCCCCAGCGCUUCGGCGGCUCAUCCCCGCUCGGCGAACCCGGCCGGUAAUUCAAAUAGCAGCAGCGAGCGGGGCGAGAACCGACAUAUUGUCCUACCACCACCCAGCCCAAGCGCCAGUGCGGUGUUGAGUGCUGGCGCUGUUGGUCCAGGAAACCCGUUUGCACGCCCACCUCCACCAACGAGUAGCCAGAACAAGGACGCUUACGACACGAAUCGCGAUCGAGGCGGCGAGGUUGGCGGUCGUGCCGGCGCGACUGGCAGACAACAGGCUGGCGACGGCAUUGACACUCCGAUAAGUGCUUUGCCGAGCAGGUACAUGAGUAAUGAGUUGCUGCCUAGUCCGAGCAAUUUCUUUAGCGAGUGGGGUGAUUGGUCACGUGGUGGAGGGGGCACGGGCAUGAGCGCCGUGCUGCCCAGUCCGAUGGGAGGUGGGCUGGGAUUUGGCAUGACGCCCUCUGAUGAGCGAGGCGGCGCGGCGGCCAAAUGGGGCGGUGUGCCGGAGAAGAGAAAAGGCGAAGACGAGGGUGCCGUGGGCGAUGAGAAGAGAGUCAAGACGUAG